UGACACAAUGCUCAAUAACAACAACAUUUGUGCUAAUCAGCUAAUAGAAGCUGAAGCUCAAAGUUGGGAUCACAUUUUGAGUUAUUUGCGUCCUUCAUGUAUAAAAUGCGCAAUUCAAUUAAGAAUUCCUGAUAUUCUUCACAAAAAUGUCAAUCCAAUCAUGUCUCUUUCUGACCUUAUUGCCGCUUUGCCAAAUUUGAAUCCUUCAAAAACUACAUUUAUCCCCAUUUUAAUGCGAGUUUUAGUUGAUUUUGGUCUUUUCAAGUACCACCAACACCAACAACAAGGAGACGGCUAUUCACUCACCAGUGUUGGCCGUCUCCUUGUUGAAAAUGACCUCUCUGGCAAGAGGUCAUUUUUCCUUUUCGCCCAGCAUCCCGUUGUGCUGAACACGGCUUCUUCCGUUGGCGAUUGGUUACGGGACGAUCUCCUCACCGCCUUUGAAACGGCGCAUGGGAAAUCCCAUUGGGAUUAUUGCGGUGAAGAGCCGGAGUUUAAUGGUGUUUUCAAUGAUGCUAUGGCUGGCGAUUCGAGAUUGAUCUCCAAUUUGUUGAUUACUGAUUGUUGUGCCGGUGUUUUUGAGGGCUUGUCGUCAUUGGUGGAUAUCGGAGGUGGCACCGGCGCUGUGGCGAUGUCUAUUGCCGAAGCUUUUCCGAGCUUGAAAUGUAUUGUGCUUGAUCUCCCUCAUGUUAUAGGCGAUCGAAAGGGAUCUGGAAACUUGGAGUUUGUUUAAUAAAAUUCCUCAUGCUAAUGCAAUCUUACUCAAGUGGAUUUUGCACAAUUGGGAUGAUGGAGAUUGUGUGACGUUAUUGAAGAAAUGCAAAGAGUCAAUUCCGAGUAAGGAAAAAGGAGGAAAAGUGAUAAUCAUAGACAUAGUAAUGGAGGAUAAUUGUAGCAAUGAUCAACUUGUUCAAUCACAACACUUGAUGGACUUAUUAAUGAGGAUUACUUAUGCUUCCAAAGAGAGAACUGAGAAGGAAUGGGAAAAGCUAUUCUUGGAUGCUGGUUUUAGUGGAUAUAAAAUAAUAACCUCUCUUGGAUUAAGGUCUUUAAUUGAAAUUUAUCCUUAAAAAAAAUUGUCUAUAUUCACUAUUAAAAAACUAAAAUUAGCUACAAACAUCAUCGCUGGUCUGCUUCUAUUUCGCUC